UAUUGAUGUGCGAUACCCAUCAGUCAAUACAGUGAUUUCCAUUCCUUCCCCCCACAUCCCCUGCCGUAGUAUUCAGCACAGCAGUAGCGGCUGACUAUACUAUUAGCAUAGCUAGACUACAAGCAAUCAGGUUGACUGCUCUUCGCAGGUACUCUCCAGACAAUCUCCAGUUGAGAGCACCGUUGCCGUUGAACGUGUCGGCACUGGCGUGUUGACCAAGGCAAGGUUGUUGGCACGGUUUGCACAGAAUCUCGAGGAGAAAUAGGCAGUGAGGAUUGCGGAAACGCUUCCUGUUUCAAGAAGGCUUCACAGAGGACACCGGCGGGGCGGAUUGCCCCAGAACAUCGUCAGCAGAGCAACGAGAUGCCACUCUCAACAGCCUUGAGCUUCGUCGCCGUGGGAGCGUGUUGGGGGUGCACCACUCCUUUCAUUAAAGACGGGACCUCAAGCAAAUUGGAGCCCGACACUCAGCAACAGCCGACGACCAAGGAGAACAAUCGACUCGGGAAGCUCUUCGGCCCCCUUCGAAGUCUGGCUUCGGUGAAGGCCGCGAUACCCUUCUUGCUCAAUCAGUCCGGGUCCACGCUUUUCUACUAUCUUCUCAGCUCCCAAGACAUGUCUACAGCCGUGCCUGUGUGCAACGCGCUGUCGCUCGUCUUCACCGCCGCCACCGCCAUGGCGCUAGGGGAGACGAUGGACCAUCCACUUCGAACGGUGUCGGGCACUGUCCUUGUGCUGAUGGGACUCGCCGUUUGUGUCGCCAGCAAGGCGCAGCUAUUGAGAUUGGUUCCAUGAAGAACCGUUGCCACGAGAUGUUGCAAGGCAGUGGUGUGCCGCAUACGCCCAUGGCACUGUGUAGAUAUUUGCUGUGUCGAAUGGGCUUGUCAACACCGGAUCAGACGUUUGAAAAUCCCUUGCCGCUUUUUUUGUGUUGUUUGAUUUGUGCCGGCGGCAGAGGUUACUUUCGGAUCGUUUUAGAUGGUGAUGUGGGGUAAGGGAGCGAGAUGCAUGGAAGAACCGAUAGUAAUUUUAACAGCAUACGUAGUGUUUUGCACCUUGUUU